ACGUUGUUGGAUUUGGGACAGAGCAUCAAAUUUUGGUCAUUUCAAAACAAACAUGUUGCGCACAUCUCCCACUUUCUUGUAACCUUAAUUUCCACUAAAGAUCAUCAGAACUCAAGCCACCAUUAUCGGAGCUGAAGAACAAGAAGAACAAUGGGGAUUACAAGAAACUGGUUUAGAAGAGUCAGAAGGAGGUUGAGUAGAAAAGGCAACAGAGACAUUGUUUUUCUGCAGACAAAUGCAGAAGAAGAAGAACAAGAACAAGAAGAAAUUGCUUAUGAUUCAAUUGUUCCAAGUUUCCAAAAGAAAGCUGUGUGUUUAGAGGAAGUGGCAGCCAUCAAAAUCCAAACUUGUUUCAGAGGCCAUCUUGCAAGACGAGCAUUUCGAGCACUAAGAAGCUUGGUGAAGCUGCAAGCGCUGGCUCGAGGGGUGUGCGCGAGGAGACAGGCACGCAUAGCUCUUCAGUUCAUGCAUACAUUGGCUCGAUUGCAAGUUCAGGUUCGGACUCGCCAGCUUGUGAGCAGAUACAGUGAGGAGUCUGAUUGUUGAAACUUCCUCCAAAUGGCAUCAUUGUUCCUUCAAAACUGAAUAGAAAGGUAUCAUUUACAUUAGCAGAUGCUUUUACAACACAAUAUAA